CAAAAUUUCAAGCCGAGCGCGGAACGGAUAAGCUGGGUCUGCUUCAGCUCCCUCACAAUCAUAUCUAUAUCACUGCAUCAUCUCCACUCUGAACUCACACUCAUUCAUGGCCUCCAACUUUCUUCCCCAGGCCUUGUUCACGGUUCCUAGGAGUUCGGCGCAAUGCCCGCCGAACAACCUAGCUUUUUCCGCCGCCGUAUCCCGGCGGCUCUUCCCCGGGGUAUUGGUUUCUGGGACUCCGGCGAGGUCUUGCGGGUUCAGUUUUUCAGGAAGGGGCAAUAAUUGCUCCUUCCUUGUGAGGGCUGAAGAAAAUGGUGAAGCGGAAGUGGAAGUUGAAGAAAGCGCUGAGAAUGUGGAAAGUGUUGAGUCUGAAGAGACUGAGGUUGUGGCCGCUGACAAGCCGCCUUCACAACCUAGAGUCAAACUUGGGGAUAUUAUGGGGAUACUGAAUAAAAGAGCAAUUGAAGCUUCAGAUAAGGAAAGGCCUAUUCCAGAUCUUCGUACUGGGGAUGUUGUGGAAAUCAAGCUGGAAGUUCCUGAGAACCGGCGACGGUUGUCUGUAUAUAAAGGUAUAGUUAUGUCAAAGCAAAAUGCUGGCAUCCACACAACAAUUCGGAUUCGACGGGUUAUUGCUGGUGUUGGGGUUGAGAUUGUGUUCCCUGUAUAUUCACCAAAUAUUAAAGAGAUAAAAGUUGUCAGCCACCGGAAAGUCCGCAGGGCAAGGCUGUACUAUUUGCGAGAGAAGCUUCCAAGGCUAUCCACUUUUAAAUGAAACAGGCAGAAAGCCAUUAAGCAUCGGUGCCUCUUACCCGUUCAGAAAGGGCUGUUAUCUUCUUGUUUUGGCUAGCAACCUUAGAUUUGAAAUUUCCAGAAUUUCCAGGUUCUGUUAUCGAUCAAUUUAAUUGGAACUAGUUGAAUCACCAUUCGGCCAAAAUUGGGUGCUUCAAAUAGUUAUGUAGAUAGUCUUUUUGAUGAAUGUCUGCGCCUACUAGUAGAGUUUUGCAAGAACAAAACUUGAUGGAACUCUGAUUCAUUAGCUCCUACCUGAACUCAAUCUCUUGUGCUGAAA